UGCACACAUGCACAUGUUUCACCCCCAGGAGCAGCAGCAGCAGAGCCUGACUGCGUUUUGCACACAUGGAUGGACUCCUGCUACUUCAGGGACAGGCUCUCUCCUCGCUGAGGAAGAAAAGGUGCUGAUUUAAGAACAGGAGGCACGCUUUGUUUUUGGAGCAGAGGACGGGACAAGCAACUUCAGAAUUAAACAAGCCUUGAGAAAACAGAAUGACGGUUGAGUUGAGCUGAAACUGUCCCCCCUCCUCCUCCUUCCCUCCUCUAGUUCAAACAUGAACUCUUCUUCUUAUGCGAACCAAAGCAGCUCUCCCCCGUUCUGCCUGCUGGGCGCUGUGGGUUACUCCCAUAGCCUGGAUACAUGCGUACUGGAGGUGGUUGUCAUCCUCUUCCUCACCGUGCUGAUCAUCGCCGGCAACCUGGUGGUGAUCUUCGUCUUCCACUGCGCCCCUCUGCUGCACCACCACACCACCAGCCACUUCAUCCAGACCAUGGCGUACGCUGACCUGCUGGUGGGCGUAAGCUGCCUGGUGCCCUCGCUGUCCCUCCUCCACUACCUCAGAGGCCUAAACGAGGAGCUCACCUGCAAGGCGUUCGGCUACAUGGUUUCGGUGCUGAAGAGUGUUUCCAUGGCAUCUCUGGCGUGCAUUAGCGUUGACCGCUACAUCGCAAUCACCCGCCCAUUGUCCUACGCCACGCUGGUGACACCCUGCAGGCUAAGGGUGUGCAUUGUCCUCGUCUGGGUUUACUCUGCUCUGAUCUUCCUCCCAUCCUUCUUCGGCUGGGGGAAGCCUGGCUAUCAUGGUGACAUAUUUCAAUGGUGCGCAGACUCCUGGAAGACAAACCCAGGGUUCAGCACCUUCAUCUUGGCGCUGCUCUAUGCACCAGCAGCGCUCACCGUUUGCUUCACCUACGGGAGCAUAUUCAGGAUCUGCCGGCAGCACACAAAGGAGAUCACCCAGCGCCACGCACGCUUCUGCUCGCAGACGGAGGGUGACAAAGGCGAGCGAGGGGAGCGGGUCGAGGGCUGCCCAGACAAACGCUACGCCAUGGUGUUGUUCCGCAUCACCAGCGUCUUCUACGUGCUGUGGAUGCCGUACAUCCUCUACUUCCUUUUGGAGAGUGCUGGACUGUAUCACCAUAAUGUGGCAUCCUUUCUAACGACGUGGUUGGCGAUUAGCAACAGCUUCUGUAACUGUCUCAUCUACAGCCUCUCUAACAGUGUCUUCCGGAAAGGUCUUGGUCGCCUCUUUAGCCCUUUGUUCCCCUCCUGCCUUGGCUGCGCUGCCAAAAAGGCUCCAACUCCUGUCUGCCCGCGACCAGACCCCCGAUGCAAAGUAUGAUUCCUGACAACAACGAAUUUAGGUUUGGUCACUUUGGAGGCACGGCCCUCUGUGUGUGCUCAGCUGCGGAGCAUGACAAAGGUGUUUGUGGUCCCGGCAUUAAAAUGUGUUGAGGACCUCCUGCAUGGAGCAUGGAGAUGUGCCCGUGUGGACGCCUGUUGGUCGUGUCAGAAGCUGAUUGUGCAGAAAACAGACGCUGUAAAGUUUCAUCUGAGUCUCUCUUGAAUGCUCGACAGCGUGAUGCUGCAGCAGUGACAAACUGAUGACAGAGUAAAGAAGAUUGCUCAUGAUGAGG